AUGCUCAGUGAUUGUACAAAAUUAAAUAUAACUCGCUCGAGUGCCAACACGGUCGUUGAUUUUUCCAAUUUUGCUCAUAGUCUUGAAACUCUAAAAAAAUUUCACAUUUUCUCUUGCAAUGACGUGUCAAAAAAUCGUUUGUGCGACAAAUAUGUAAUAAAAAAAAUAUAACAGAUAUCAUUUCAAAAAUAUCCUUCAUUCAUAUGUAUAAUUGUAGCUUUAAGAAUAUGAAUGAAUAUUAAUUUUAUUUUAUUUCAAAGUCAUACAACGUUCUUUCGAACUCCAAAGAAAAAAAAAAAUUUCUUUGAACGACUAUUUUCCAACUUUUCAAACUUUCAUCGAAUGUUUUAUGUGCAAAGAAUAUUUGUCGACUAGAUAUCAUCGCCUAUUACCAAAUACACUGAGCUAGAACCAGCGCUUUGCCAAGAAUUGCAAAAAAUCGUGGAUGCACUCGUAGUACCAGGAAAAGGACUAUUAGCCUGUGACGAGUCUCCUUCGUCUUUGCAAAAGCGAUUCGAUGAUCUGGCGGUGGAAAAUACCGAAGCUAAUCGCCGCGAUUACCGACAAAUGUUGUUCAGUGCUGAUAAGUCCCAAUUUUCAAAAUACAUAAGCGGUGUUAUUCUACAUCACGAGACAGUGUAUCAAAAAACGACAGAUGACGUCGAGUUGAUCGAACUGCUACGUGAGAGAGAUGUCGUACCCGGCAUCAAGGUCGAUAAGGGCCUUGUCCCAUUAUUUGGUUCGAAGGACGAGAACACUACGGAAGGCCUGGACAAUUUGCAAGAGAGAUGCAUUCAAUAUAAACGAGAUGGUUGUCACUUUACCAAGUGGAGAUGUACGUUCACAAUCUCGGAGACGACGCCGAGUCAACUGGCCAUGGUUACGAAUGCGAACGUCCUUGCAAGAUAUGCCAGUAUAUGUCAGAGUGCACGAAUGGUACCUAUAAUAGAACCAGAAAUAUUGAGUCAUGGUAUCCAUGGCAUAAACAGAGCGUUAGAAGUUCACGAAGAAGUACUAUCAAUUUUAUUUCGUAUUUUGCAAGAGCACCGUGUCUACCUUGAAGGCAUGAUCCUGAAGGUAGCGAUGGUCUUGUCGGGAAUUAAAAAUUCUGUCAAUUGCAAUCCUCAGAUUGUUGCUGAAAAUACGAUAACAGCUCUUCAGAGGACAGUGCCACCAGCAGUAUCAGCUAUUAUAUUUUUAAGCGGCGGACAAUCGGAUGAAGAUGCCGUUAUAAAUUUAAACGCUAUUAAUGCUUACGAAGGGAGAAAACCUUGGCCUCUUACGUUUUGCUAUGGCCGUGCUUUACAAAACGCAGCAAUGGAAGCAUGGAGUGGAAAUUCAGAGAAAGUGCAAGAUGCUCAGGCAGUAUUUCUGGAAAGAGCAAGGCUCUGUUCGCAAGCCUCGUUGGGAGAAUUAGAUCCUGGAAACGGCAUGUGCACGAAGAAAAGCUCUCGUUGA